GCCGCAGCCCCUGUCGAAUCGCCAGCCCAAUUCUAAUUCCAAUCCCAGUAGUAGUAAACGUCAAGGAGGAGAACCCAAUCCCAGUAGUAAUUUCUGAAGGAGAGCUGAACAAAUGGCGAACAACAGCUCAAAUGGUGAAAAUGUUAGUAAAAAAUCACACACACCAUCUGCUAUUGUUAUUGGUGGUGGGUUUGCAGGCAUUGCUGCUGCCAAUGCGCUCAGAAAUGCAUCAUUCGAGGUGGUUCUUCUUGAAUCCCGUGAUCGGAUAGGUGGUCGAGUUCACACUGACUACUCUUUUGGGUUUCCUGUUGAUCUGGGGGCAUCUUGGCUUCAUGGUGUUUCUGAAGAAAAUCCCCUGGCACCAAUCAUUUCAAGGCUUGGACUUCCACUAUACCGCACAAGUGGAGAUGACUCUGUGCUAUUUGACCAUGAUCUCGAGAGUUAUGCCCUUUAUGACACUAACGGCUCUCAAGUUCCACAAGAGUUUGUAGAAGAAAUAGGGAAAAUAUUUGAGACUAUUUUGGAAGAGACUGGCAAAUUAAGGGAAGAAAUGAAGGAAGAUAUUUCUAUAGCUAAGGCCAUUGCAAUUGUGCUGGAGCAAAAUCCACACUUGAGGCAAGAAGGGAUUGCGCAUGACGUUCUUCAGUGGUAUUUGUGCCGCAUGGAGGGUUGGUUUGCCACUGAUGCGGAUGCAAUCUCGCUCCAGUGCUGGGACCAGGAGGUGCUGCUUCCUGGCGGCCAUGGUCUCAUGGUUCGUGGAUAUCGUCCGGUUAUAAAUACUCUGGCAAAAGGACUAGAUAUACGCCUUGGUCACAGGGCGGUCAAAAUUGUUCGCCACUGGAACAGAGUGGAGGUGACUGUAAGCAGUGGUAAAACAUUUGUUGCGGAUGCUGCAGUCAUUGCUGUUCCCUUGGGUGUUCUUAAAGCCAACACCAUUAAAUUUGAGCCGAGGCUCCCAGAGUGGAAGGAGGAAGCAAUAAGAGAACUGUCAGUUGGAGUUGAGAACAAAAUAGUUCUCCACUUCAGUGAGGUUUUCUGGCCUAAUGUGGAGUUCCUUGGAGUAGUUUCAUCCACUACAUAUGGAUGCAGCUAUUUCCUCAACCUUCACAAGGCGACGGGCCAUCCUGUUCUUGUUUACAUGCCUGCAGGCCGGCUUGCCUGUGACAUUGAAAAGAUGUCAGAUGAGGCUGCAGCCCAGUUUGCCUUUUCCCAGUUGAAGAAAAUCCUCCCUAAUGCAGCUGAGCCGCUUAACUACCUGGUGUCACACUGGGGCUCAGAUGAGAAUACUCUCGGUUCCUACACCUUUGAUGGUGUGGGCAAGCCCCGUGACCUCUACGAAAAGCUCCGCAUCCCUGUCGACAACCUUUUCUUUGCAGGGGAGGCCACGAGCGUCCAGUACACCGGCACGGUGCAUGGUGCCUUCUCCACCGGCGAGAUGGCUGCCGAGGAAUGCCGGAUGAGGGUUCUGGAGAAGUUCCGGGAGCUGGACAUGCUGGAGAUGUGCCACCCGAUGGCUGAGCAAACGGCCACGGUCUCCGUCCCGCUGCUCAUCUCCCGGCUGUAAACUAUAGUCGGAGCCGGCACACCGAGUUUGCUGGCCAUUCCAGUGAUUGCUCGAGGAAGACAGCAUGGGAGCAAUCUAUCUUUGCUCUUCCUUGUAGCAUGAGGCGUGCGAUCAUGUGACUCGCGGUUUGCUGAAUAAGUUAUGAUUGGAUAUUGUUAAGUGUGGGCGUUGUUGGUAUAUGUGUACUCUCAGACAUAAAUUGCGGUUAUAAGUUCGGUUAGGGCCUACGUGACCAUCUUUGUAGGGCAAAGAUGGUUUAUGCGUGAUGAACACUGUAAUUUACAUUGACAUUCAUAAUAUUGAUGAUAAUGGCAGAUUCUCCAUGAAGUUUAAAUCA